GUAUUGUGUACCAUAGUCUAUAGUCUACGAACUGUCUAUGAUAUAAAAUCGCAAAUAAUUAGUAUUUACAUAGUGGAUGAAUGGAUUUUGUUUUAAUUCUAUAAACUGUACAACUAAGACUUCGCACUUCGUAUUUUUCUCAAAUGCAAAUCUAAAGUGAAAUGAACUAAGUGAACUUCAUAAAUUUUGUAAUUGUUAAUUAUUCAUAGUGUGCCAGCUGCUUUUGCUGUGUAUAGUGACGCUGUGCAACGAAAUGUAAAAAUGGUUACUUCUAAUAAACAAACGGAAAAAAAAGUUGUAAAAAUGACUGCACAAAUCAACAACGCUGUUGCCCCUCACAGAACUCUCUUGGGUGAAGUAAAUGAGCAUAUAACAUGUCCUUUAUGUCGCGGUUAUUAUAUCGAUGCUACUACAAUCGUUGAAUGUUUGCAUUCUUUUUGUCGUAGUUGUAUUAUAAAGCAUCUUCAGGUAAAAAAAUAUUGCCCAGUAUGUGAAAUGAUGAUAAAUUCAGCAAAACCUAAUAUCAAACUGGAUAAGGCGCUUCAAGAUAUAGUUUACAAAUUGGUACCAGGCCUAUUCCAAAAAGAAAUGGAACGUCGCCAGCAAUUUUAUUCUUCUCGUCCCGGUCCAGCGGCAUCAGCGACUCCAGAACAACGAGGUGAAGACACUGAGAGAAUUAUAUUUAGUCCAGAAGAUGUCAUUUCAUUUUCCUUAGAAUACUCUGAUGUAACAGAUACUGACAGCAUCUCUAGUAAAUCAUCUGAUAGUAAUGAAUCACAAUCAACAUCAACAACUGCAAGAAGGUACUUGCAAUGUCCUGCUGUUGUAAAUAUUAGUCAUCUAAAGAAAUUUCUCAGUAUGAAAUUUGAUAUUGAUAGUACACAAUUUGCUAUUGAUAUUUUGUACAAAAGAGUACCAUUGCCAGACUACUAUACAUUAAUGGACAUUGCUUACAUCUAUAACUGGAAAAGAAAUGAACCUAUGCGAUUUUUUUACCAAAUUAUUGACUAUGUUGCAAUUCGGAAUAGAUUAUUUGAUUUAAAUAGGAAGGGGUCUCAAUUGCAUGAUAAGAAAGCUAUCCCUGCUGUUGCAGAAGAUACACAUGCCAACAGCCCUAUAACUAACACAAAUGACCUUGCAUCUGAAGCCUCUUCAGGUGCUGAUAGCCCUAUGUUAGAUGAAAACAAUGCUAGAAAAUCAAAUGACACUUCAAAAAAGUGUAAUAAUUAUACUGAACAUCAUAAAGCAAACCAAGAAGCAAGCUCUAACCAGAGGAGUAAUUCACCUGUAAAGAAAAAUGAUGAUGAAGAUGAAAAAUCACAAUUCCUUAAUUCUUUUGAAUUAACUGCUAAGAAUAGCUCAGCGUCUUCCAAAACAUCUCCCACCAAAAAUUUAUCAGAUAAUGCAGCAACUGAAAAUAAAAUUACAACCACUAACACAUUAAAGAAUGAAGAUUCACUAAAACGAAAGUUCCAAAUUGGAAACAAUCUACCAGAAAUGAAAAAGGUAAAAAUUGAGAUUGAAAAAGCGAAAAUACCAGUAUCUCAAAAUGUUUCAUCAUCUAAUACCAAUUUAAAAACAAUCGGUAUCAAUGACAAGAAUUUAAAAAAUACAGAGCAAAGUAAAACAGUAGAUAAUUCCCCAAAAGGCACACAAUCAGGAAGUAGUAUAGUAAAUAGUACUAUGACAUCAAAGGAUUCAAAACAGUCGGCUAAUUUACCAAAACAAGCUGAUGGUGUAGGGCAGAAAAGAACCAUAGCUGAUACCUCCAAUAAUCUUACACCAAAACGGAAACCAGAACUGAUGUCAACAUCUCCUUCACUACAGAAAACUGUUUCACCUCUUAAAAUUCAGUUAUCUAAGACAGAUUCCCCAUCAUUAAUAAAUAAUAAAUCGAAUGAAACUCCAAAAGGAGUUUCCAAGAAGAUACCUGAUUUAAAACCCAGCACAACAGGAGCAGCAGCUACUAGCAAAAGUCAUAUUUCAGGAAAAUUAAGAAUGGAUCUUUUAGCAAAUAAUAGUGAUCCCACUAUUGAUCGAAGUAAAAUUUUAUCUCAAGUUAAAACAUCAGUGCCUACCAGUGGGCAAAAUACAGGAGAUAAUCUAAAAUCAUUAUUUGACUCUUGUAAAAUUAAUAUACCCUCUUCAUUAUCAAUAACCCUAACUGAUCAAAAGAGCCCUUCUGAUUUACCAAUUUCUGAACAAAAGAAAAAUAUUAUCAAUAAGAACCUCAUGAAUUCAAGCAACAAUUCUAAUCAUAAAGCACCCAGUCCUCCAGUACAUAAUUAUAUUGAAAUAAAGAAACUUCCUGAUACUGAUACAAAAAAGACAACAAAAACAGAGAGUGUAUCAGAUACAAAACCAAAUAUCCAAAAAUCAGACAAUACUGCAAUGACACCUAAAUUAAAUAAAAGUAGUGAAACAUCUGCUAAAGGACCAAUACCAAAUUUAAAACCAAUUGCUGAUACUAAAUUGGCUAAACAAACUGGAAAUUCAUCUGCACCUAUAACAUUUCAACAGACUUUUGAACAACAAUUACAAUCUCUUCAAACAGAUACGAAAGUGAAAGUGCCCAAAAAUAAGGCCCAGGUUCCAAAACUUGUACCAGCCACACCAAAAGCUUUUAGUGCAGCGAAUAAAUUAAAUAAUGUUAAUUCAAAGGUUCCAACCGGUGUCUCUUCAGGAGAAAACAAAACCACAGCUGCUCUUGAUUUAUCAACUCCUCACAGUAUUCAAAGCCAAUUAGGUCCUCAACAAACAAAAGCUUUUGAAACAAUGCAGUCCAUUGCUAAUUUAGCAAAAAAACAAAACUUACCACCUAAGUCAAUUCCUUUGACUUUAUCACAAGAUAUGUUUCCAACUGUAUCUAGAAGACCUAUUACUACUUCCUCAACAUUAAGAAUUCCCUCAGGUAAUAACAAUACUCAUGUAAAGUUAGAGAAGCCUCCUGCUAAUAUGUCUCAGUUAAGUAGUAGGCAAGAAAUGCCCAAACAAAUAAGUGCUCACAAAUCAUUAAAUCAAAUUCAGGCUACAGUAUCCAAUAUACCUUCACCUAAUUAUCAAGGAGCUCAGCCAUCAAACACUUCUACACAACCAUCACCACAAUCUCAAACACGUUCACCAAGCUCAUCACCAAAAUUGGUAAUAGCGGAAGAAAAGCAAACAAGUAGUGCAUCUUCAGACCAGAAUCAAUCUAACACACCACUGCACCCCCAGUUAUCAAAUAUGUUCGCACCUCGAUGCGAGUCUCCUAAAGACUCACACAGCCAUACAAAGCCAGGUCUAAAACCAAUGAAACCUUUAAUACCUACAAGUAAAUUAUCUUCUAUUCGCCAACCCAUAACUCCUUCAUUAAAUACAAAUACUGCAAUGAGCUCCCAAGCUGAUUAUUUAUCGCAUGCCAUAUUCAGGCAUCAAAUGGAAAUGCAAAGUGCUUGGUUAAAAGCACAGCGACAAUACGAUAUAUUAAAAAACAUGCCUAAUAUGGCAAUACCAAGUCAAAAUGAAUUUAAUAAUAAAGACAAACAGUAGUACAGUAGGCGAAAAACUUAAGACAUUUCUGAAGAGUCUGUUGCUGGUGUAAGAUAAGUGAGAAUAAAGUGUAAACAAUCUUAUCGUUUUAAUCAAAACAGAGAGAUAUAUAUAUGUAUAUUUUUUUUUAUUUAUGGAUUUAUUUUACAAAAUUUUAAAAGAAACUAAUAACUGUUGUUUUCAUGUAUGGGUAACUUUGGUUGUUUUUAAUUUGGAAUAUAUAGAGCUUUACUUUACGUUAUGUAUCACUUUUUUAUUUGAUUGCUGAUAAAUAUGGUCAUAUUAUUUCGUAUGCAUUUCAUUUUGAGAAUUUUACAUAAUUUUAAAUCUUGAAUACCUAAUCUAAAUGUCUUGUUUUCCUUAUUUAUCAAAUCAUGGACAAUAGUUAAAAAAUGUGUAUUAUUCAAGCUUUGUAAUUUUUUUUAUUAUGUGAUAAUCAUUACCGAAGUUACCCAAAUUCAAAAUAAUACAUUGAGACUAUACAUAAGUUAUAAUAUAAGUGGUUUUAUUAUUUAUAUAUAAAAAUAAGUCGGGAUUUCCUUCCUG